GCGCCCGGCUGCGAGCAGGGCGAGCGGGGCGGGGGAAGGGGGAGUGUCUGCCCGCCGCCGCCGCUGCCGCCGCCACUGCUGCUACCGCUGCCGCCUCGGGUGCUGAGGAGUUGGCUCAAGCCUGACUUCCAAACCAGCUCAUUCUUGCCGCCCGAACACCGGGCGCCAGCUCCGGGAGCACCCACCGCUCUGACCCGUGCAGGAGCGGGAGUUGCCCCAGCCUGUGGAGCGGCGUGGACGGCCCCAGUACCCCCCCCUCCCACCUUUCCCUCCCUGACCCCUUCUUUCCAUCGCCCCAGUCAUGGGAAACGCGGCGACCGCCAAGAAAGGCUGCGAGGUGGAGAGCGUGAAAGAAUUUCUAGCUAAAGCCAAAGAAGACUUUUUAAAAAAGUGGGAAAACCCUGCUCAGAACAAUGCUGGACUUGAGGAUUUCGAAAGGAAAAAAACCCUUGGAACUGGCUCAUUUGGAAGAGUAAUGCUGGUAAAACAUAAAGCCACUGAACAGUAUUAUGCCAUGAAGAUCCUAGAUAAGCAGAAGGUUGUUAAACUGAAGCAAAUAGAGCAUACACUGAACGAGAAAAGAAUAUUACAGGCAGUGAAUUUUCCUUUUCUUGUUCGACUGGAGUAUUCUUUUAAGGAUAAUUCUAAUUUAUACAUGGUUAUGGAGUAUGUCCCUGGGGGUGAAAUGUUUUCACAUCUAAGAAGAAUUGGAAGGUUCAGUGAGCCUCAUGCACGGUUCUAUGCAGCUCAGAUAGUGCUAACAUUCGAGUACCUCCAUUCACUAGACCUCAUCUACAGAGAUCUAAAGCCUGAAAACCUCUUAAUUGACCACCAAGGUUAUAUCCAGGUCACAGACUUUGGGUUUGCCAAAAGAGUUAAAGGUAGAACUUGGACAUUAUGUGGUACUCCAGAAUACUUGGCUCCAGAAAUAAUCCUUAGCAAGGGCUACAAUAAGGCUGUGGAUUGGUGGGCAUUAGGAGUGUUAAUCUAUGAAAUGGCAGCUGGCUACCCUCCAUUUUUUGCAGACCAACCAAUUCAGAUUUAUGAAAAGAUUGUUUCUGGAAAGGUCCGGUUCCCAUCUCACUUCAGUUCAGAUCUCAAGGACCUUCUAAGAAACCUAUUGCAGGUGGAUUUGACGAAGCGGUUUGGAAAUCUAAAGAAUGGAGUGAGUGAUAUAAAAACUCACAAGUGGUUUGCCACCACAGAUUGGAUUGCUAUUUACCAGAGGAAGGUUGAAGCUCCAUUCAUACCAAAGUUCAGAGGCUCUGGAGAUACCAGCAAUUUUGAUGACUAUGAAGAGGAAGAUAUCCGUGUCUCUAUAACAGAAAAAUGUGCAAAAGAAUUUUGUGAAUUUUAAUGAGGAGCAACAAGAUGACAUCAGAGCUCACACUCUGCACUCUAUUGAGAGAUUAGGUGGAGCUGAGACCGUCCUUCUUGAAGCAGUUACCUAGUUCCUUCAUUCCAGCGACUGAGUGAGGUCUAUAUUGCCAUCUCCGUGUGUGCACUUUGCAUCCACCUAUGUAACAAGGCACCGCUAAGCAUUGUCUGUGCCAUAACACAGAACUAGACACUUUCCUGCUUCUGUUUGGUUUGUCUUCCCCCUCUGCUCCUACAUCCAUUUCUUGCCUUUUUAUUUUUAUUGUUUUUUCUCUAAACAGUGCUCUAUUUUAUUUUGUUCAUGUUUCAGAUGGGCAGUGUCAAAGCAAUGUGGUAUUUGAAAGGAAGGAUAAGUGUAGCUUUUGGUAGUUCUUGCCAAUAUUUUUGUUGGUCGAUGGCUUAAGGACGGACCUUUUAAUAAUAAUUUUUCUUUGAGUGGCUCAGACCCGGUUGCCAAAACUUGACAAUUUUUAAAGAUAGACUGUCUUAUCACCAAGUCAGUUUAUACAGAUUUAAACAAUACAUUUCCUUAGAACUCACUGUUCUAGGCUUUAAAUUUGGAUAGGCUAACAUAAAGUAGCUAGGCGCAGCAAUUUGGAGUCCUAUGUUCUGUUUCCCUUUCCCUUUUAUCUCGCCCCCACCCCCAAGUAAUUAAGUGACCAAUCUUUGCAAUGAAUGAGACAGUGUGUCUCAUCAUAAGAAAAACUAAUGAUAAAGUUCACUGUCAACCCGAGUCUCUCUCUCUCUUGGUACCAGCAUUUUUGUAGGUAUUAGAGAAGAGUUCUAAGAUUGCUAAACCUCAACUCUUCCGUGUUUUAGUCAGUAUUUUUAAUAGAACAUGUGACUAAAGAAGUGACAAAUUUUAAAAUUUCUCAAAUAGUCCUUAUUGUAAACUUUUUAGAGGAAAAGAAACAAAGGAAAAAGUACAAUUAUGUGGACAAAUACUUUGCUAAGUCAAAUGACUUGAUUGUUUGCCAACUGUAGAUACUUUUAUUUAAAUGAGGGGUUUCUUUUUGGUUGAUUUACCUUGCUUUGUUUGGAAACAGCUAAGAACAAAAGAAUUUACUACCAACUUAUUAUUCUGUUGUACUAUAAUUAUUAGCCUAAUGUAGAGGCACUGUUGCAACUUUCUACUUUCACCCUAUGCCUCAUCCAUGAGGAAAAGGGACAAAGUUUAUAAAACUGCCACAAUUGUAUUUUACUUUCAUAGUUGAUAUUUUUAGAAAUGUCAUCAUUUCUAGCUUCUUUUCUUUUAGUAAACAGAAUAUAUGAUCAUGCAGAUACAAUUCUAGUGUUUGAGUUUAGUUUUUUUAUAUACUUUUUUUGCCAACUGACUUACUGCUAUCAUGUGGAAAUUUGAAGCACUUUUGCACAUUUAGUUCAGUGUUUUUUGAGAAUCGAUGGCUUAACUCAGUUUUGUAAGUAUUUUUUUCCUUUGCUUUAAAUUUUCCCCAUCUAAUUUUAUCUCUUUGUGUCAAUGACCUAUCUUAAAACAACACACCAAAAUAUUUGAAACUAAACUGUGUUCAUUUUUUAUGAUCAAUUUACAUGCAUAUAAGCUGAGUUGUUUUUACUCAGACUGCUCUUAAUGUAUAUAAAUAAGCAUUCUGUUUGCUUCAUCACUGACUGGUGCAGAUAGGUCAUUGACUACUUUUCCUCUGUACCACACCCUUGUAAAACCUUUGAAGACAUUGAACAAGCUUGCCUGAAAUGUUCUCUGCAUCAAUCUGUAUGUCCUUUGGUUGUCAAGUGUUUCUGCAUGGUUCCGUCACAUAAAGGCUGAUAAUGAUUUCAGUUGGUUCACCUAUAUUUAAAGUGUGUAAGAAAAAUAUGAAAUACUUUGCGUAGCAAGUUUUAUGUAACAGAUAUAUCAUGUUAAUAAAUUCAAGCUGUCAUUUGUAUAAAAUAGUUUCAUUAGUUUUUUGUAUUUCAUUUAGACCCCCAAAUAUGCUGAUCAAUGUAUUCUUAUAUGUAGGCUACAAAUUCUAUGGUAGCUUUGUUGUAUAUUAUUGUAAAAUUAUUUUAAUAAAUCACAGGGAUGAUAAUUUGAUUAUUGCAUUUUAGGUUUCAGUAAUUUGAAAGAUUUCUAUGAAUUCUCAGCUUUUUUAAAUGGAAUUAUUACUACCCAAUACAAUUUGCUGUGGUAGAUGACCCCCAAGCCUACAUUGGUUUUGAAGGCUAUUUGGCCUUUCCAAUUUACUCAGACAUUAAGUGAGCUUUCAGAUAUAUCAAGUGAGACUAUUUAUAACCAAUUAAGUACUCUGAAUUCAAACUUUUAAAAUUAUUUUUUAAACUCUCAACUUCAGCCACAGUCUAGCCAACAAGGUAAAAACUUGAAUAAGAAACGAGUGGUGUGGAUCAGUAUUUAACCUCAUAUUACAUUAUUUGCAACAAAAGAAAUUAUUCCCUUUACUCAGUAAGUAAUGAGGGACUGUGGAGGAAAAGUGCCCUACCCAGAAUUAAGACAGCUGAGUUUCAGGCCUGAUCUGUCCGUUUCAGCCAGAUGCUUACCUGGGUCCUGGCUUCUUUUAUCUAUAAAAUUGAGCCUUUGCAUUAGGCAGUUUCUAAUGACCCAUCUAACGUUCAGACAUUGUGAUGAUAAUAUUUUCAUUUGACAUUUUGAAAGGAUAACAUUCUCCGAAUUAAAUUUCAGUUAAGGCAAUAUAGGCCACCUUUCUUAUUUCUUACAGUGUUCUUAGAAUUCUUUGAAUAUCACACGAAUCUUGUGCUUGUCUUGAUUCUUUCCUCAUUCACUGAUGCUAAAUAUCCAACUGUAUCAAACUAUCAACCUACCAAAAAAGAUAUUGUGGCUUGUGGGUAUUGCUUGUCUUGUUUUUGAUAUGUUCUUGUAAUGACUGCCCAUUGGCCUGAAAAUACUCAUCGUAAGCCUGAAAAAAAAAAUCAUUUUUCUUUUCCACUGUUUUUUCUGCUUGUUGUAAGAAUCAGAUGAAAUAAUGUAUGUAUACACUGUAUACACUGUAACCUAUCAAUGUAAAAUGUUAAGGUGUGUUGUUAUUUCAUUAAUUAUUUCUUUGUUUAGAAUGAAAUUUCCUAUGCACAACAGUAGCUAGGAAAUGCUGAAAUCAACUGUGUUUUUUAAUUAAUCGAUAACUGCAAAAUUAAAGUAUCUUCAA